UGAAACCGUCAACAUGUAUAGAGCUGAUAAAGCAUGGCUGGAAACCGCUUGCUAUUUGGUAGGCAGCAAGAUACUGAAUUGACAUGCUCUUAAGACGUUUUGGUUUAUUCAAGAGUUCUCCGAUACAAGAGUUUUGCAAUUUCCUCAUUUCAGGUUCCGACCCGUCGAGCUUGCGAAAAUGCUUUCAGAGGGCUUUCAGAUUGCAAGAUAUUAUGCUGCCAAUCGUAGUUUACUUGAUGAGAGUAGUCUGAAUGAUAGGACGCAGCGGAUACAGAACUCCCGUAAUGAACGAAGUGGCACUCCUUUAAGAACGAUGGCCCCCGGCGAGAGUCCAACUCGCAGAUCGCUGAUUGCACCUCGACUAUUGCGACGGGAUGGAAAGUCAGAAAGGCCUCACUGGAGUGCAGGGGCUACUAUACAAGUCGGCUUGUGUCUCGGUACCGUCGCUGACAAGGCAUCGAUUGUCAAUUACCCGAACCUUCCAGGACCAAAAACCUGCGGAAGCAACGUCGUAAACGGUACUAACAAGUCUAAAAGAGACAUGAGUCCUAUCUAUAUGUUGCAAGAAUGUAAAUGGACUGCAACAUCCAGCGAUUCUUCUUCGGGAUCGGGAAGGGUUGUACAGCUCCCCGCAACACCACAGCGGAUAACACCUAAAGAAGAUCCAAGAGAUACAAUAUUGGAAGUCAGCCAUGGAGGGGAUUUGAGUGAAAUCUCGGAAAGCUGUGAUUUCCGUCUCCAUUUGAUAGAGGCAUGUCACAAAUGUUUUUCUGACCGAGACAAGUGGGUCCGUCUUGCUGGGGAUGCGCCAGAACUGUAUCCACCUUCUGGAUGGGAUUCUUCAAGAAAAGAAUGUAUUAUUUAUGCCCUUCCGGCUGCAGUUGCAUAUAUGUCGGGGACAAUCAAACACAUUGACUGCUCUGCUAAAUCAUUUAAGGAGCAUCUCGAAGGAGUCAUUAGAUUCCCAACAACAACUACGGCGGUAAUGGCAGAAGUGGUAGCAUACAUGUACUGGUUGUGGUGCAAAUCUCAUCAGCCAAGUCUGUUUGCCGAUCUCACCGCAAGAUAUACGCGGAAGUUUGCGACUUUGGCAGUUCGACCGGCAGCAUAUCGGCCACAAACCUUGUUGCUUUUUGAGAUCAUGGAGGCCUCUGUCUACCUGGACUUACCUGGGCUCGUGGAUAUGUGUGCUGUUAAUGCAGCGACGCAUUUUGAUAGUAUUACUUCUUUUGGUGGUCUACCAAAACCCCUAAUACGAAACGUACUCAAGCGUCUCAGUAUUGGAGACUUGUGCAUAAGCGAGUAUGAGCUAGUUGAUCCAUGCGAACACCCGCUGCGGGGAGCGGAAUGCAACUCAAACGGGCGAAUAUCUCUCGAUACAACGUCAAUCUGGAUCCGAAAUUUCCUGAAAAUACAAGCGACGCGUCCUUGCGAUGAGCAGGACAGCUAUACCAAACUGUUGAAUUGGUCAGAAGCAGGUCAUUUACGAGAAAGUCUUCGCCAAAUAUGCGUCAAGUUCUAUAUUGACGAAUGCCUGCGUCGCGAGCUCCCACCAUCUGCUGAGUCAAAGCUAUUGCAAGUGAUGCAAAUGGAGGCGACACACUUGAAUCAGAUCAGCUUGACUGUAAAUUCUUCAACGGGCAAUCGUUCGCUCAGCCUUUGGGCUACUGCUGUUCAGAAACUUCCAGAUCUAAAAGCCAUUCAUGUAACUGUAGAGGACCCAGCUCCUGCUAUCUUGGAGCCGCUUCUGCAAGCACUUGUCGUGCCAGGACGAGCGCUACGGCUGGAAUUCCCAUGUUCAGAUGCCGUCAAGAUCCAAGAUGUUGCACGUCUUGUUACUGUACCAGGUAUUACCUCUUCGUCGCAAGAGACCGUGCAUAAAAAUGGGGUGCGGACUCCUGCUCUACGUGCCAGCGCUGGCUGGCAACCGGUGUUCCCUUUACCUGGUGCGUUUCUUGACAGUAAAGUAAGCCAUCGAGUCAAUAUUGGAAACGAUGAGGGCGCAAAAAUGGCUAUUGUAUCGUCCCCACGUGGUUCGCCGUGGAGACAGAUAGGACCAGCUCUGUUGCAAUCCUCCCGUAUGCUCCCUCUCACCGAUUUGGAUCUCUCAAAACAGCCAUUAGGGCUCAAUGAGGCCGAAAUGCUAGGGCAUACUUUGGAAACGUGCACAACAUUACUACAUCGGCUACGGCUUGCGCAUUGUAGUCUUGGGUCAGCGGGUAUUAUACGGCUCGCGCGUGCUCUUAGUAGUAAUCGAACACUACAGUAUCUCGAUAUAUCCUGGAAUAUCGCUUCAGAAGACAAACACGCCUACGAAGCAGCCCGAGCCUUGGGACAGUCACUAGAACUCCCAAGCUGUGCGCUUACGGAGAUAGUGCUCUCAGGAAAUCACUUCACUACCCUAGGGGUGGUCGCUCUGAUCGAUGUUCUUAAGGGGAACCGCCGGAUUCUGGACUUCAAUUUCUCCCAGAUUGACUUGAACGCAUCAUUGGUCUACUUGGCAAAAGCCCUAUUGUUGGGAACAAACAGAACUGUGAAUCGUGUGGAUGUCUCCUCUAGCAAACUCUUACCGAGGCGGAUCGCCGAAUUCUGUGAAAUAUUGACGGACGGUCUAAAGAAUGCCACAUUGAUGGUGAUGGAGCUCAACAUGAGCGGCAUAUUGUUUAACGAGUCCAUAGCACACUCGUUGGGCUCCCUUUUCCAAUGUCCAAGUUUCCAAUGUUCGCAGCUGAUAUUGGAAGGCGCAGACACAGGUCAUGUUUUAAGAGAUCGUGGUUGCUUGGCCCUUUUAAAGACAUUGCGGCGAAAUACCAGUUUAAGGCACUUGAACCUUUCACGACAAGCACUUGGCGAUGAUAGUUGCAAAGGGUUCGCGCAACUAUUGAUUGACACACACAUUACCGAAUUGACACUAAGAGAUAAUUUCAUCGGCGAUGGAGGCGUACAUGACCUUCAAAAAGGGUUAUCAAAGGUCAGGGAGCGCGGAGACAGGCGGCCAGUACGCAUCAAUCUCGAUCAAAAUAUUAUCUCUCGCGAGCUCACGGGCCAGCUAGAGGAAAUUUUACCAAAACGGCUCCCACAUGUCAUAUUUGCGCUCAACCAGAGGGAUAUUAAUAGAUAGGACCGAAAAGUUUUGGAGGAAUGAUUUGCUUGUAAAACUCGUUCAAUAAGCGAAAUACCAACGCCUUUCUCCUUGUC